CCGAAUAUUUUGGUACAGUCGAGAUGCGCGCGAAUGUUUUGCGAGAGCAAUGGCGUCUAAAGUAGGUCGUCGAGGGACGAAACGCAAAGCGGAGGAGGAGAAAUCAUCCAUGGAGGAGAAGAAGGACAGAGGAGAGGGGGAGAACGGCCAGGAAGGCCAAAGGGUGGUCAUUGAACACUGUAAGAGCUGACGAGUGUAUGGGCGUAAUGCUGAGGAGGUGAAAUCUGCCCUCUUGGCUGCCCACCCAGAACUGACUGUGGUCCUCAACCCUGAGAAGCCCCGCAGGAACAGCUUCGAGAUCACUCUGCUGGAUGUCGGCAAAGAAACAUCUCUGUGGACUGGAAUAAAGAAGGGUCCGCCUCGUAAGCUGAAGUUUCCUCAACCUGAUGUUGUAGUUGCUGCUCUACAGGAGGCUCUGAAGGCUGAGUAGACGCCCAGUGAAGCCAAGAGUUCAGGAGAUGUGGCCCAUCGAAGCAGAAUGAUGAGGAGUGACCAAUGGGAUUUUCUCUGUCCCUCCUCUGAUGAUCCAAGCUCCAACAGCUCACGUCUUCUGGAUGCGUGGCGACACCUAGUGGAGCUACUCUGAGCCACUACAUUUCUCAGAUGCACAGUGCUGAUGUUUUUGUUUUUCAACCUUUUUUCAAUGGUUUAUUGUGUUUUUAUAUCUGUUUUUGGUAAAUAAAGUGUUUCUUGUUUCUCACUA